AUGUACUACCAACAUUACAAGGUAACAGUAAAUAUUAUAAGCUUUCGACAAACCUUGCAAGGUUUUGCUGAUGUAUGGCGAGGGAGGCACCCGGGAACGCAUUUCGAGAUAUUACCUUUCGAACACGAAAGGGUCAUUGCUCCUGAUGAUCCCUUCCUGGACCCUAUCGUCCCGCCCAGGAUCAAGACCAUCGCUCGACUGCGAGCAACAUCCACGUGGCCAAACAUGUACAACAAGAAGAGCCUUCGACGUCGAGCAUUAUCUAUGAUCGCGCUCCUACCGACACCGAAGAAACCCGUCCUUUCCCCGGGGUUGGAACUUCGAAGGUACAUGCAAGGCAAAUCCUCGAACAACCUCGGCAUCCUCGCCUCUCGCCUCCACCAACGACAACGCCGCGCCCUGGGCUCACAGUGUCCCUGGCUCUGUCCCUUCCUCUCGACUGCACGAGCUCGGGUGACGAGUACCACCGUGCUCCCCGAUUGCGUUGGAUAG